AUGGGCCACACACUGAGCUCACAAAGACAAGGAUAUGAGAGGAUCCCCGAGGAUCACAGACAUGCUUUCAAGGGCUCAGAAGCCAAAGAUGGCAAGACGGAAAAUAUGGCCACAAACCCCGACCCGCUCAUUCGGCCGAUCCUCCGCAAUCUGGCAGAAUGCCCAGUCUACCGUCUCCCAGAGGAAGUGCUGUUGAAUAUAAUUCAACACCUGCCCAGCUUAGAAGAUGAAGAGUCUCUCAGGAUCUCUUGCCGGCUGUUUCUACGGCUCUACAAGACAUCUGUGGCCCUCCCGAUACACGAAGCUCGGAUGACUGCCUCGCCCGAUCCAGGCAUUGAAGAAUUUCUCAAGAGGCGUCUGGCGUGGAAGUAUCAUGAUCUGACUACAUCUUGUCGCUUUCAGCAGGACAAAAUUGCUGAACGUUGCGGCGUCGACCACCGCUCAUGGCUUUUUUCGGCUGCUCAGCGACGCAUGUCGAGCGAGCUGCGCGUCUGUAUUGGACACCAGGGAUACAUGCGUCUAUGUGACCAUAAGACAGCAGCAUGGGCCGAGAUUAUGGCUAAGACUGGUCUGCUCGAUUCGGCUACUCAUGAUCGAGUGCAUAUCGUAGAGACGAUGCUCGCGUGUAAGCACUGGAGCCACGAUACUGGAGGUCGCCUCCUUUCCGAGAUAAGGCACAAGACUCGAGGAUGUUCUGACAGGCUAGCUCUUACAGCAAGAGCAGGCGGCCAGAACAGCAGAGGAGGCGGUGGGCGCAUAUCACUGACAGUAACGUGGGACGCAUACAUUCCAGACGUCAUCCCACCAAAAGUGCCUGACGAUGAUGGUUCUCAACCCAAGCCACGAGUAGAUGGCGCGAUUCUGCGUCGUCAGCUCGCGAGCCUACGUGAGAACACAGGCAAGUACAUAUUCUCGGAUCCACUCUACCAGCGAAACGGUAGCAACACCCUCCUGGAGCCUUUCUCGUUUGACUUGGGGCUACUGCGACUGCAUCCACAUCGCUGGCUCGGAGGCCCUGCCUCAGCAUCUGAAACUGGCAGAGCCCGAGCGCAAGACUUCCUGGAAAGAGUGUGA